GGGUUGGUUUGGGGGGAUGCAAAUGGGAAGCCAGCUGCUCAAGUGCAGGGCUCACGGCCUCCCCCCACCUGUUCAAGGCUGGGCCUGUGGAGUCUGCUUAGGAUCUCCCCCCCCUCCCCGGUGCUUCGGCUUGGUCAUCCCUGCGGGUCCCUAGGCUGACAUACAGGCGAGUCAGGAGGCCACGCGCGCCUCCACAGCGCGCGGGGGGAGCCUAGGCGAGGGCUCAAAGCUCUGACGCCGGGUCCCAGGGGGUCUCCCGUCUCCCAGACGCAUUUCUAGGCCCAAGGAAACCUGCUUACAGAGCAGGAGGAAGCUAGAUUCGUGGGCCGGUGACCAGAAAUCAGGUUAAGAAAUGGCAUUUAAAAAGGCAGUGAAAGGGACUAUUCUUGCUGGAGGAGGUGCUCUUGCAACUGUCCUAGGCCUCUCUCAGUUUGCUCAUUACCGAAGGAAGCAAAUGACCCUGGCCUAUGUUGAAGCAGCAGAGUGUAUUUCAGAACCUGUUAACAGGGAGCCUCCUUCUAGAGAAGCUCAGCUACUGACUUUGCAAAACACAUCUGAAUUUGAUGUCCUUGUCAUUGGAGGAGGAGCAACAGGGUGUGGCUGUGCACUCGAUGCUGUCACCAGAGGACUAAAAACAGCCCUUGUAGAAAGAGAUGAUUUCUCAUCAGGGACCAGCAGCAGAAGCACUAAAUUGAUCCACGGUGGUGUGAGAUACCUUCAGAAGGCUAUCAUGAAGUUGGAUAUUGAGCAGUAUAGGAUGGUAAAAGAAGCCCUUCAUGAGCGUGCCAACCUACUAGAAAUUGCUCCCCAUUUAUCAGCUCCAUUGCCUAUAAUGCUUCCAAUUUACAAGUGGUGGCAAUUACCUUACUACUGGGUAGGAAUCAAGCUAUAUGAUCUGGUAGCAGGAAGUAAUUGCCUGAGAGGCAGUUACGUCCUCAGCAAAUCAAGAGCCCUUGAGCAUUUCCCAAUGCUGCAGAAGGACAAGCUGGUAGGAGCAAUUGUCUACUAUGAUGGACAACACAACGAUGCACGGAUGAACCUUGCCAUUGCUCUCACUGCUGCCAGGUAUGGGGCUGCCACAGCCAAUUACAUGGAGGUCCUGAGCUUGCUGAAGAAGACAGACCCCGAGACAGGGAAACAGCGAGUGAGUGGUGUGCGGUGCAAGGAUGUACUCACAGGGCAGGAAUUUGAUGUGAGAGCCAAAUGUGUUAUCAAUGCCACAGGACCUUUCACAGACACUGUGCGCAAAAUGGAUGAUAAGAAUGCCACAGCUAUCUGCCAGCCAAGUGCCGGUGUCCACAUCGUGAUGCCUGGGUAUUACAGUCCAGAGAACAUGGGACUUCUUGAUCCAGCUACCAGUGAUGGGCGAGUUAUUUUUUUCUUACCGUGGCAAAAGAUGACUAUAGCUGGCACAACCGACACGCCAACCGAUGUUACACACCAUCCUAUUCCUUCGGAAGAAGAUAUCAACUUUAUUUUGAAUGAAGUGCGUAACUACCUGAGUUGUGAUGUUGAAGUGAGAAGAGGGGAUGUCCUGGCAGCGUGGAGUGGUAUUCGUCCCCUUGUGACAGAUCCUAAGUCUGCAGAUACUCAGUCCAUCUCCCGAAAUCAUGUUGUGGAUAUCAGUGAGAGCGGCCUCAUCACCAUAGCAGGUGGAAAGUGGACAACCUAUCGGUCUAUGGCAGAAGAUACCAUCGAUGCUGCUAUCAAGGAGCAUAACUUGAAAGCAGGACCAAGUAGAACAGUUGGGCUUUUUCUCCAAGGGGGCAAAGAUUGGAGCCCCACACUCUACAUUAGGCUUGUCCAAGAUUAUGGCCUUGAAAGUGAGGUGGCGCAGCAUCUUGCCACCACCUAUGGUGACAAGGCUUUUGAGGUGGCCAAAAUGGCAAGUGUGACUGGAAAAAGGUGGCCCAUUGUUGGAGUGCGUCUUGUGUCAGAAUUUCCAUACAUUGAAGCAGAGGUGAAAUAUGGGAUUAAGGAGUAUGCCUGCACUGCAGUGGAUAUGAUUUCACGCCGCACUCGCCUGGCCUUUCUGAAUGUCCAGGCAGCAGAGGAAGCCCUACCUAGAAUUGUUGAACUGAUGGGCAGAGAACUGAAUUGGGAUGAUUAUAAAAAACAGGAAGAACUUGAAACAGCCAGGAAGUUUCUGUAUUAUGAAAUGGGCUAUAAAUCUCGAUCAGAACAGUUGACAGAUCGCUCUGAAAUUAGCCUACUGCCCUCAGACAUCGACAGGUACAAGAAGCGAUUUCACAAGUUUGAUGCAGACCAAAAGGGCUUUAUUACCAUCGUUGAUGUUCAGCGUGUGUUAGAGAGUAUCAAUGUCCAAAUGGAUGAAAAUACACUACAUGAGAUUCUGAAUGAAGUAGAUUUAAACAAAAAUGGACAAGUUGAACUCAAUGAAUUUUUGCAGCUGAUGAGUGCUAUUCAGAAAGGCAGAGUGUCUGGAAGCCGGCUGGCGAUACUAAUGAAAACAGCAGAAGAGAACCUGGACCGACGAGUUCCCAUUCCGGUGGACCGAAGUUGUGGAGGAUUGUGAGUGUGAGCAAGUAAAUCCUCAGCCAACAAACAUAAGAACAACAAAUCGUCAUGUAACAACAGUUACAAAAUACAGCACUCCAAAAUAGUGGAUAUGGAUAGCUGCUGUUUUUUUUAACACUGGGAAACAUUCCAAAGCUUUAGGAUGUUGAUGUAUACCCCUUUAUUUGUAUUUGCCAUUCACUCUAGCUUCUAAAAAGUGUAUUUUAUCUUUUUUCUCAUUUUUGAUGCGCACUGACUUAAUAUUUUGUAUCCAUUUUUUGACCUGUUAGACUUGACACACUCCCUUUUUGUGUAUUCGUUUAUUUAUUCUAAUUGAAUUCUAGAGGCAGAAUACUUUGGCUGAAAUUAAAAAAAAAUGCUGGAAAAAUUUUGUGACGUACAUAAAGCUCUGGAUAUUAAGCUUAUAAAUAUUAUUUGUCCUGAAAGAAAUUGAGUUGGGAGUGAAUUAUUAAAAUAAUAGUUUCUGGAAACCUACCUCUGAGCCCCUUCCUUCUUCCUUCAGCUUGUCUGCCUCCCCCAUCCAAACAGUUGCACAAUUUCAUAUCCAGAGCAUGACUGGCAAAACUAGGGAGGGACAGAGAAAUUUUGAUCUGCUUACAGGAACAAAUCUGAAGGAGAAAGUCUGAAAGCUUCCAGAAUCGCAGGUAUAAGAUAAGGAUAGCAUUGACAUUUGCUGGGAGUUACAGUGAUAGUUUCAUCUCUGCAGUUCGUUUUUUCCCUCAGUCACUGCUGGUUUUUCUUUGACUAUUAUUGUUGCCAUGAAGAUCUUUGCUUUUGUUUUUUACUUUAAAACCAGCAUUUCAGUGAUAAAUUGUAUGUAAUGGGUUGAGACUGAAUUUCUCAAAUCUUUACAGUAAUAGCAAAUUUAAGAAUUAAAAACCUAUGUUUAUAUAUCUACAUGUCACAGCACAAUUUUUAAUCCUAAAUCUCAUGGCAUGUGAUAUUGUCAAACAUGACCUGUUUUGCUCAGUUUAUUGCAUCUGUUUGGAUGGAGUAUUUGUAAACAGAUACUAACGAGGAGAGAAAUAGCCCUUAGGUGACUUUAUUUACAAUUAUUUGUAAAAAAGCACUACACUCAACAUCUUUUUGGUUACUGUAAAGCCCCUCUCAUUCUUUACUCAGUGGAAAAGUUCUCAGUCAACAAAAAAGAAAAAAUAAAAACAAACACAACACGCACAUUUUCCCCCAACACACACAGACACAAUACAAACAAAAAUCAAUCUGUAUUGCAUUUAACACAUAAUGUGUUCAACUUAAAGGGUCAUUUUGGUAUGCUUUGGCAAUAUUUUGGUGGCAUUUUAACCAAUCAUUGUGCCUCCUCUUGUGAACUACCUACUUUGUGUCUCAAGAUCAGGUUGCGUAGGUAAUAGGAAAUCUAACCCUGUAUCUAAUGACAGGUUUUCAUUGUGCGGACAUAGAGCUUUAGUUUUUUUAAAAAGGUACAUAAAACACUUUUGUGCCAUUAUUUCUGUUUAUGUCAAUGUCGUAGAAUAUCUUUAUGCCUCAUUUUAGUGGGGUAUGAGUCUGUAUGUCAUAAUAUAAACACUGGAAAUUCAUUCUCUUAAGUACACACCCCCGCCUCCAAAAUGCAGGUAAGAUAGCAUCUUGACUCCUUUUGAUUUUAAAGAGGAUGUUUUAGAUUUGCUUCUUUGAAAGGAAAAUCUAAAAUACAGCAAGUAAUGCUCCCAGGUACCACUGUGAAGUUUUGCGUUCAGGGUGAGAACUUUUUACACUGGCUUCUAUUUUAUUUUUUUAAUAGUGGAAGCAUGCGGCUUUGUAGUUUAGUGUUUUUUUUUUAUCCAGACAAUAAAUUUCAUUGUUUAGAAUCCAGUGACACUUAAUGAGUAGAAGAGCUGCCCUUUAAAACAUUACAGAUGAUGUACCACAGUAUUGUACAUUUGUUCUCUCUCUCUCUCUUUCCCCUCUCUCUUUUUCUAGUUAGAGCAUGAUGAGGAUGACUUGUAUCCUCCCCGAAUCCAUUACAGUAGGGAUCUGGCUUAAAACCUGACUGGCCGGGGCAGAGCUGCAUUUGUAUCACAGGCCUUGUUUAUUAUGCACGCUUUGCUAUGAGUGAAGUUCCUUUAAGGACAAAGAAGAGCACACUUUUCUUCGUUUGAGCAUAUUUGCUUUUGCUUAAAAUCUGCUAAUUCUAAAACAUACGCUCCUUCAUCAAUCCUAGAGACUCGUCUUGGAAAUGAGCUGGUUCCAAGUCUUUACUGUGAAUAAAGCACCCCUACAUUUUUGUGUUAGUUCUUAAUUAACCUGUACAGGUUUUUUUAAAAUGUGACUUCAGAAAAGGAGAAAAGAAAUAGGGGGAUAAGCCCCUUAAAAACCUACCCCAAGUGCAAAAGAAUUUUUUUUCCUUUUCACAUAAUUAGGAUGUAAGUAAUUCUGUUGGGGUGGGGAUAGGGUGUGGGGUGUACGGAGGUUGUCUUUUAUCAUGAAGUGAUUCUUUCAAGAGCCUUUAAGGGGAUUCAGGUGAAGGAACCCCCAUCUAUGGUGGAGAGCUGAUGCUCCUUUAAAUAGGCAUCCCUACCUCAGUCAUAACAGUAGUGAUAAUGCUGGAUUAUUUGUUAAGCCAAGGUUGCCUGCCUCAUAUCCAUCAUGCUGUUUGCAAUAUAUUCUUGCUUUCAGUCAAUUUAUACUGACUGAAACUUUAGGGUCUCUACUAUUAAAUGCAUGCUCCCCAUUUUGCUUUAGUUUCUAGCUUCUUUUUGUCUGUUUCAAAUUAUGUAGCUUACUUUUUUCUACAAUGAAAAUUUCAUUCUGACUUUUACUAAAUAUACUGUAAGAAUGAUCAUUAAUCUUAUUUCCUUUUUAAUGUAUUUGUAAAGAUUUUUGGCAUAUGAAUAUAGUAAUAUUGACAUCAAUAAUGCUGUAACUCGAACUGUUUUGCAUUAUGUUACCCCUUUUUAGGGAGUAAAAAAGCCCUACUGUGUUUUUAAAGAAUAUCAAGUAUAAGCCCAGUACUGAGGUGGAGAUACACAGCGCAUGUUUUCAUAUGUGGCACUUUUAUGUAUCGUGUUGGGUUAUUGUUCUAGAUUGGACUGUUAAAUACUAUGUUUGAGGCUGGGUUGUCAUUUUUAUAACUGUCUUGGUGUUUUAUCGCCAUUAUUUAUUACUUUUGAUAUACGGAAUGAGCUGCAUGCAUUUAUAGAGCAAUAAGAGGAUGUAUUUAAUGUGCCUUGUUUUUAACUGAAUAAGAACUGAAAGCAUGAAUCAAUAAAAGUGAUUAAAACGGU